AUGAUCCCACGGGUCUCUAGGGGGCUUAAGCAACAGAUGAUGUCCAUGAAGGAAGUGGGUGAUGGCUUGCAGGACCAGAUGAACAGCAUGAUGGGGGCGCUGCAGGAAUUGAAACUCCUCCAGGUCCAGACGGCAUUGGAACAGCUGGAGAUCUCUGGAGGGAAUGCUGACCCCAGCUGCCCUGACAGUCCCUGGACACAGCCCGAGCCUCCUCGAUGGGAGGCUGACAGGGGACCUGUCAGGCCUUUGGCCAGCUCCCCCUGCAAACAACCUCUUGACAGCAGCACCAAGUUCCCACCCCACAGAAAUGUUCGUGGGAGGGAGCCAGGCCCCCUGCCCAGGACACGGCCACCUGAGCACCACAGCUGUACCCAGCAGGGCCCAGAGUGUGUGGAACCCGAUGACUGGACCUCCACGCUGAUGUCCCGGGGCCGGAAUCGACAGCCUCUGGUGUUAGGGGACAAUGUCUUUGCGGACCUGGUGGGCAACUGGCUGGACUUGCCAGAACUGGACAAGGGUGGGGAAAAGGAGGAGACUGGGGAGGCCGAGGAGCACAAAGGAGGUGGGGGCCAGCUCCGUGAGCUGGGCAGAAGGUUUUCCCUGACUGCAAACAUUUUUAGGAAAUUCUUGCGUAGCGUACGGCCAGACCGGGACCGGCUGCUGAAGGAGAAGCCUGGCUGGGUGACACCCAUGACCCCUGAGCCCCGAGCUGGACGCUCCCAAAAGGUCAAGAAGCGGAGCCGUUCCAAGGGCUCGGGACACUUUUCCCUCCCGGGUGUCAGGGAGCCCAGAGGAGGGCAAAAUCCCUCCACAAGCUGCCCCAAGGCCCUGGAGCCCCCACCUGCUGGCUUUGAUAUUAACACAGCAGUUUGGGUCUGA